CUUACUUUCCACGCAAUAUUGUCAAUCUCCUUAACUACUCAAUCAAUUUUUUUCCACACAAUAUCAAGGAUCAAGCACCCGGUCCAUCAACCUGCACUCCUCAUUCUGUGACUUGUAAAUGUUAAUAUUAUGAAACUCUAUCAACUCGAGUUAUUAGAACUAAGCGGUUAUUGACAAGUUUGUUUGUUCUUUGUAGAUAAGGGUGAUAUAGGUUUUACUUUUUCGUAAUUAAGAUACUACUUAAAGGAUUCGAACCUGAGACCUCCAGGUUAUUUACUGUUGGUAUUACCACUAGACCAAGCCCUUGUUCGUAAAUCUGGGUUGUUCUUAAGCUCCCGUGUUCAAGUCCUCGCGAUCCUUAAUAUUAACUGUUGUCUUAAAACACAUGAAAUGAUGGGUCCAUGCAAACUUUAAACCCAUGAGCUGCAUUUUGUUUGAGAAGUGUGAAGGAAGUGGUUAGGUACGUACCAUACAUCCAAGUAACUCGAGUUAUUGGGGAGAAUGUUAAUCAUGGAUUUUCGGUAGCGGUCUUGAGACACAGUGGAUGGGUAGAACGUAACUUAGGAUUCCACCAAUAGCGCUUGGAGAAGGGUUGUGAAUUAGUGGGCGGAGGCGAGUAUUGUGCAUAUACUCGGUAGCCGUCGUGACAUCUGUUGUUCAUUGAUUUUGUCGAUAGUGUUUCGAGAUGGGUUGCGAAUUGGUGGGCCAAGGCGAUGAUUUGUGUAAAAUAUCAUUGACGGAAACCUAAUUGAUAAUUGCUACAAUAGGGGGAAACAAUGAACAACAGAUGAAAACUUAUGUAGACAAUAUAACUAUUAUGGGAAACCUGAUGGCUAAUAGAUGUAGACCCGACGAAUAAUAGAUGAACAUAAUGAGAAAGUGGGGGUAAAAGAAUGGCCUGAAACUUCCACACUUGCACUUAAAACAGUUUGGGAGCCACUAAUUAAUAAUAAAUUCAAUAUUAAACUUUUAUAUAUUAAAAUAUACUAAUUAAACUACCACGAAUUUAUCAGGAAAGUAUAUGUUUUUGCACUCUAUUCAAAAUUCGACAACUAAAUAAAGCCAACAAGGUCAAUAAUCCAACUUGACUAUUGCCAACCCUCCAUCAGAUAGAACAUGGAGAAUACCGCCGGCGGCGUUCACUCACUCUAUUUAAUCCCUCCCAUAUCUCACCACCAACAUUCCUCACCAUUACAACAACGUAACAAACCAAUCUCUUCAUUAUUAUCUCCUAAAAAUGGAGUUCCUCCAAACCCUACCACCACUCACCUUCUUCUCCCCACUCCUCCUCACCAUCGCCGCCAUCUUCCUCCUCUCAAUCCUCAUCUCCAACAAGAAAACCACCGCAUCAUCCCAAAAAGCCAACAACAACAACCUCCCGCCGGCACCGUGGAAGCUCCCCGUGUUGGGCCACCUCCACCACUUCCUCACCAGCGCCGAGCCGCCCCACCGCCGCCUCCGCCAGCUGGCACGAACCCACGGCGACGUCAUGCAGCUGGACCUCGGCGAGAUCAGCCACGUCGUCGUUUCGUCGGCCGAGGCGGCGAAGGAAGUGAUGCGGACCCACGACAUCAAGUUCGCGCAGCGUCCCUUCCACCCACACCAGGCCAAAAUCAUGUACGGCGGCAUCAACCUCAUCCACUCCCCUUACGGCGAGUACUGGCGCCAGCUCCGCCGCAUCGCCACCCUCGAGCUCCUCACCGCGAAGCGGGUGGAGGCCCUCCGCCGCGUCAGGGAGCCCGAGGUGGGCUCCUUGAUGCGGACCAUCGCGAAGGAGCAACAGCAGCGCCCUGGUCAGGUCGUCGACCUGACCAAGGAGUUGUUCAACCUGACGUACAGCAUCAUCUCGAAGGCCACGUUCGGCGACGUGUCCGCGGAGCAGGAGGAGUUCAUCGAGAUCGCGGAGGCGCUGGUGAAGUACGGCGGCGGGUUCGGGCUGUCGUACCUGUUUCCGUCGAGCGGUUUGGUUCAGAGGUUCUUCGGGACGAAAGAGUGGCUGGAUAAGAUGCACGAGGGAACCGACCGGCUGGCGGAGAGCAUCAUCAGGCAGCACAGAGAGAAGAGGGCGGUGAGUAGGAAAUCCGAGGACGAUGAGGAUUUGCUGGAUGUGCUUUUGAAUCUUCAGGAGGAUGAGACCACGCUCGGUUUCAACUUGUCCAACGAAGCCAUCAAGGCUUUCCUUCUGGACAUUUUCUUAGCCGGAAGUGAGACUCCAUCGUCUUUGACCGAAUGGGCUAUGUCAGAGAUGAUUAAGAAUCCGGAAGUGUUGCAGAAGGCGCAGGCGGAGGUGCGAAGAGUGUUUGGCGAGAAGGGAAGGGUCGACGAAGCGAGGAUUCAGGAGCUAACCUACCUCAAGAUGGUCAUCAAGGAGACGCUGCGACUGCACACUCCGGCGCCGCUGGUGCUUCCCAGGGAGUGCCGAGAGGAGUGCCAGGUUGGCGAGUACGACAUUCCCCUGAAGACCACGGUGGUCGUGAACGUGUGGGCGAUAGCAAGGGAUCCUCGUUACUGGGGUGAAGAAGCCGAGAAGUUUCUUCCGGAGAGGUUUUCCGACACCAACGUUACUUACAGGGGCGGCGAUUUCGAGUUUUUGCCAUUUGGGGCGGGGAGAAGGAUGUGUCCGGGGAUGACGUUUGGGCUGGCGGCCGUGGAACUUCCCCUCGCCAACUUGUUGUAUCAUUUUGACUGGAAGCUUCCGGACGGAGUCAAGUCGGAGAACCUGGAUAUGGAAGAAAUAUUCGGCAUCACUAUCAGGAGGAAGAAUCAUUUGAAGUUGGUUCCCGUCCUCCGUAAUCCUGUACCCACUCUUUGAUUUUUUUCUAUCUAGUAACAACCAAUAAGCUUAAGGGAGACCGGCGGGAUAGUAUACACUAGGUAUAUAUGUGUGUCUAGGUACGUUUCAUUAAUUAUCUGCUAUGUUUUUCUUGUCAUUGUUACAAAAGUUGUCUGCAAAGUAACAUAAAUUGUGUGUUCGCUUAUCUUACUAAUCAUGUACCUAUGCGGCCAUCGUCGCACAUUAAUGAUAAAUGAUAAAGCAUGUU